GGGAGAUAGUCGUGUCGUGGCUCAGUGCGAGUUUUGUAGGCAGAGAGUGCGCCCGCUCCCGCCUCACGUAUUGGAGUUACAUCCACCACGCGUGAUGUUCCAUUUUUGAAAAUUCUCAAGACUCUUCGAUAUUUAAAAAUUUUUACUGAUGUUAGUUUUUUUAGUGUACCUACUAGUGUUUGACUAAUAGUGUUGUGCUGUGUUUGAGUUUCAGUGUAACUUUUUUUGAAUAUUUUUGUGUCUGUUUGGUACGUGGUCGACAGAGAUAAUGCGAGUUUGUUUUGAUGAGGGAACCACCAGGUUUUUCGAAGAUCAUUAAAUUAGAAGCACGUUGAAAUGAAGGAGAGAAUACAGGGCCCAACGCCAAGGCAACUUCACAAAUCAAGCAGUCGAAUAUUAAUAAGGUGUACGAUGAGUCGGCAAAGGUGGUAGAGGUCCGGAGGGCGGGGGGAUGCGGCCCGCGCGCGCCCGUCCGUCCGCCGCCUCCGUCAGAUAGCGGCGCCCGCAACACCGCCGCGCUGCGACUAUGCGCAUGGCAAGCGCCCUGCCCACUCUGCUCGCGGUGCUGUGUGGUGCAGUGGCGGGCGCGGGCGAGCUGAUGAGCAACACGAGCCGCGUACGGCGCUCUCCACAACCACACCACUCUCACCGCAUACAGACCGAUGAGGACCUAGACGCGACAGUGGCGUGGCGGCGCUCCCACUGGCGCGAGAUGAACUCCAUCCUACGGCGCGAGAAGGAGGUGGUCGAGUGCUGCCCCUCCGUCCUCGAGAUGGUCGCCAAAAAGGGAGGCAGGACUUACAGCGGCCUCUACGUCGAGCUGUACGAAGCCGGCGAGAACAAACAACGACUUUACGAACUUUCAUGCGCCCCAGAAGUCGUCGACAGACCCUGUAGAUUCGUUGACCCUCGUGUGUAUAACCAAUCUCGAUGUGUGCAAAAAUACUCUUACUCUUACGCGCUAGUGCGGUAUACCACAGCUACAGAAAUGCCCCAUCCCAGAACAGAAGGACAUUUUGCUGUUCCAGGCUCGGGGGACUGGUCCAUGGACUAUGUUAAAGUGAGGGCCGGUUGCGAAUGCCAAAUCACGCCGAAAAGGAAACAAGCCCACAAGAAGAAAGAACGACAUCGGCAGAGGAGGAAAAACAAAAAACUUGAGGAGAACGACGAAACCUGAUUAAUAGUGAUGUGUUUUCAAACCAGUGGAACUUAAAUAGAACAGGGUUCGGCCUGUUCAGUAUAACGCUGAUCGGAGAUACUGAUACCUGGCUUUGAACAGAUGUCAGUGACGUCGAAUCUUUUAUGUUACCGAUGACGCGCGCACGUCUUCACUCGGUCGAUGUAUUUUUACUAUAUUUAUUUUGAAAAUUUUUUGUCUAUUUAAUUAAUUACGCUUGUUUUAGUAUUUUAGUACGGAACGUCGGUUUGAAUCUGACAAUUAUCUAGUGCUGUUCCGAAGCGAAUUUUGGUUUUAUCCAACGGAAAAGAACUGUAAAUCUAAGAUACCUAUGAUCCGUUGUGUCCGAUCAAACAAUAGUCUUCUUGUCAGCAACCUGAAGGAAUUUAGUUGUUGGAUAAAAACAAUUUUGGCUAGUAAACAGUUUAAAGUGUCUUAAAAACAGUGCCUUAAAUAUUGUUGCAAAUGUAAAUUGCUAUUCCAAUGCGUAUUUUGUACAUGUAUUUAAAUAAGUAUUAUUUUCAUGUUUUUUUUUUUAUUUUUAAACUUUUCUCCGAAACUUUUGUAUUUGCCAUAAAUUCAGUGUACAUUGUAGGUUCUUUUUCGAAAACAGUUUGAUUUCGAUCUUAUCUGGUUUUAAAUCACAAUGAAAUCACAAUUUCCUCAAAAAAAAUGUUAUAAAUGUAGUGUUUUGUUUUUAAUUUUGAUUAAAAAAACCAUGUUCCCUUUUCCGUAGUUCCCUUGCAUAUCCCAUUGGUGGAACACCAAUGUGGAAAGAAACAUAUAACCAUAGACCCAUUUAGUUUUAACGCCAGUAUUUGUGGCCUGAAAUACGUAUUAUGUAAUAGUUACCUCCGGGAAUCGUAUGAAUCUGCUGCAUUGCUUUUGUAAUAAGUAAACUUGUUAAUCUACAUUAUUUUCAGGAGGUACAUCCUUCUCCUACUUUUUUACAUGUAAAUGUAAAUCAUAAAAUGGGGCUAUCAAAAAAAUCUGGUUUCUUAGGAGUUAACCUUUAAAUUUUUGAUUGGGUUCGAUUACGCUAUUACAUAAGCAAUGAAAUAAUGGGUUAUUAGGCGACUGGGACCGUAAUAAACAAGGAUUGCGGCCCUAUUCGCCCAUUUGUUGCAGUCUCAGUCGCCCAAGGACCCAAAUAACGCCAACUCAAAACACGCUCUCUUUCCCCUAUAAAAAUUAAGAAUAUUUAUUUAUUUCUCAACUUUUUGUUAAGCUUAAUGUAACGGCACUUACUUUUCUUAGACAUAAGUACAUCGAGUCAAAGAUCUGUAUUAUUAUCUAUUUUGUAAUACUUUUAUUGUAUUUAAAUUUUAGUUAUUGUAAGAAUUAAUUCAUUUAUUUAUACUGUAUAAUACGAGGUAUUCCCAUAUUCAGUAUGACUAUUAGUUGUAUUCAAAAGUCGCUUCCAUAUUGUAUUGUUGUAUAAUAAUGUAAUAAAGCAAUAGUAUUUUGUGGACUGAGAUUAUUUUGUGCAUUUAAAUGUGUAAUAGCAAAAUAUUUUAUUCAUUUCGUAAACAUUAUUAACGCCAUCUGUUAGCGAAUAGAUUAACAUACUGACUACAGCGCCAUCUGUUGUUGAAUAGUCAACCUAUUGUCAUUCAAUGGUUAAGUCAUCCAAAGAUAGAUGUCGCUACUCAAAAUAAUCAGUGCCAUGUAUUUACUGAAAUUAUUUAUCAAAAAAAAAUUCUUAAGCUAUACCUAUGUAACAUUUUGUACAUAAUAAUAUACAUUAUUUUCAUUAAUAUUCCAUAGUUAUCAACGUUUACAUUUAAAACGUGACAUCACUAUUCUGAAAUCUGUGAUGAUUUUACACAAUUUUACAGGACAUUUUGUGUGUUCGUUAUUAUAAUUUAUGUAAUUAUUUUUACAGACCCAUAUUUCAGACAAUGUAAAUCAAAUGUUGACAUCAAACAAUAUUAAAUAAAAUA